UAGAAGAUAAAUUUAAAGGAACUCCGAUAAUUGAAACCGAAAAAGAGCCCUCAAAUACUAAUACGAACAUUUCAUUAAUGAAUAAUGAAAUUGAACCCGUCAAAAAACUAAACCCAGAAAUUGUUACGAAAACUGAAAUUGAAAAAAUGACCACUAAAACUCCUACAGAGACUUCUGUAAAAGCUGUUAAGUCUUAUAACUCAGACUUAAUACAGUUCAAAAACAAUAAUUCAACACAACCAUUUGAAAUAGUGCCAGGAAAUAUAAUUACUACAAAUCAAGAAAACCGCACCUUAAUAGAAAAUUCACUCAAAUUUAAUAGAAUACAGUCUAAAAAUUUAACAGAAAAUAUUAUAACAUCUAACACUAACAGUACGUUGCUAUGUAAAAAAACUGAACUUUUUACUCCAAAAGGCCUGGAAAAGACUAAAAUGAAUGGAAAUUUACAACGAGAAAAUAAUAACAACAAAAAUUCCGCAAUUAGAACUCGGCCUAAUGACAUUAAAAAACAUUUAUGGGAUAAGAGGUAUUUAUUGUUUUCAAAAUUCGAUGAAGGAAUCAUGAUGGACAAUGGUAAUAAAAUUAUUAUUUCAACAAACUUAAAUGUUUUACUUUAUUUGACGUUUUUUUUUUUUUAGAAUCAUUUUAUUCAGUAUGUCCCGAAAUCUUGAGUACACACAUAGCGUUAAGAUGUCCAGGCCUACACGUCGCUAUGGAUCCGUUUUGUGGUGCUGGUGGUAACGUCAUCCAAUUGGCCAAAAGAUACAAACAAGUAAUCGCUGUGGAUAACGAUGCUAAUAAAUUGGAAUUCGCGAAAAGAAAUGCUGAGAUUUACGGAGUCAGAGAGAAGAUUACAUUUAUACUGGGAGAUUUCUUUGAAAUCGCAGAAUCCUUAAAAAAAUAUAAGCCACAGGUAAUAGUGACUUCUCCUCCAUGGGGCGGCCCUUCGUAUAAGAAACAUAAAAUUUACAGUCUCGAAAAGCAUAUGUGUAGCAACUACGAAGGAGGCGGUAAAAAACUCUUCGACCUGUUGAGAAGUAUUGCUCCCAAUGUAGCACUUCACAUACCUAAAACUACAGGUCGAAACGAGUUGAUACAAUUUGGCAAACUAUUCGAUCUAAACAUGGAAAUUCAGCAUAAUUAUAUUGACAAUAGAUACGAUUCCAUCACUGCGUUUUUCGGCCGCUUUUUCAAUAUGAACACUAAAUACUUAUCCAACGACAAUAAACUUUACACUAAUAAAAAAUUCUUGAAGUAUCCAGAAUCAGCUGAAUACUAUUAA